GAUGGACUGUUGUACGUCUGGAUCGACACAUGCUGUAUUGAUAAAUGGAAUCUGCGUGAGCGCUUCAAGGCCGUCAAUUCGAUAUUCCAGAGGUACAAGAAUUUAACGCGAGGCUACGUCUUUCUAUCAGACGUAUCGACAUGUACUGCGACAGGGGUGCCCCGGCGCACUGACUGA